GACUCUCCUCCAGAAAGUAAAGAGAUGAACUCUCUCCCUUUAACGCAUGCGUAAAAUAAGCGCGUCUUUGGCUCCUCGGCCAAUAGCAUUGAAAUAUUUCUGCCGCUGGAGCAGCUCUGCCUUGGUGAAAUAGGUUAUAAACAACCGAAACUCUGCGAGCAUCCCCCUUUCUCUCCCGUUUCUCUCUACUACUACUACCUCCAGCCUCCUCAUCCUCCUCAUCCUCCUCCUGCGCGGCUGCGCCCGUCGACGCGCAGAUGUGAGGAGCCGGGAUUAAAUGAGUGUCUGUGUGAGUUUAUGUGCCGACCGAUGACACAUUUACAGCGAUGUGGCGCGGACCAUACUCCGACAGACUGACUCUAGGUCAAGGUGAGAGUUUAUCGGUCGUAAAUUGACAGACUUGGAUGCUGCAGCCUGACAACCAAUUUGUGUUCCUGAGAGGAGAGCGGACCUGGAUGCGAGCGGCUCUGCUGGCAGUGGAUUCAGAAGCCAAUCUUUGCUGGACCUGUCGUGAAUCGCCGAUUCGAGUGCACAGCAGGCCAUGAAGGGUCAUUAUUUUUCCCUUCCUCUUUUUGUGUCAUCAAUUCUCAGCCUGACCAUGUCCACUGGAGCAAGAUCAUGACUUUACUCAACGAGUCAGACGAGACCUCCCCUCCCUCCUUCCCUCCCUCCUCCCUCGAGCACAAUUUAUCCGUCUUUUCCACCCAUGACCCUUCAUACUCCCCCAUAUCCUUCCCCACCUCCUCCUCCUUCUCGCCGACGUCCUCUAACUGCACCAGCUCUCUGCCGGCCUCCUCUCCUCCGUACAACUUCUACGCCGUGCUGCUGGUGCUCCUGAUCUUCUGCGUAGUGUUCGGUAACGUGCUGGUGUGCGUGGCGGUGUCGCGGGAGCGCGCUCUGCAGACCACAACUAACUACCUCAUCGUUUCUCUGGCUGUGUCUGAUCUGCUGCUGGCCACACUGGUCAUGCCCUGGGCCGUCUACCUGGAGGUGGUGGGAGAAUGGCGCUUCAGCCUCAUCCACUGCGACAUCCUGCUCACCCUGGACGUCAUGAUGUGCACCGCCAGUAUCCUCAACCUCUGCGCCAUCAGCAUCGACAGAUACACAGCAGUGGCCAUGCCGAUGCUCUACAACACCAGAUACAGUUCCAGGAGGAGGGUGGCGGUGAUGAUUGCUGUGGUGUGGUUCCUGUCUUUUGCCAUUUCCUGCCCCUUGCUGUUUGGACUCAACAACACUGCCAGCCGCAAAGGCACCACAUGUAGCUUUGCUGAUCCUGCCUUUGUCGUGUACUCAUCGGUGGCCUCCUUCUACGUUCCCUUCAUCGUAACUUUACUGGUGUAUGCGCAGAUCUGCGUGGUGCUGCGCAGACGAGGCAGGCGCACCGCCCCGCCGCGCAGGCACGGCCCGCACAAUGCACAAGGCGGGGCUGAAGCAGGAGAAGGUCAUCGACACAGGAAGAAUAAGUGUACACAACCAGAGGAUGUGAAGUUGUGUACUCUGAUCCUGAGGCCUGCCACCGCUGGUCCGCAGCGUAAGAAAGUAACCCUGGUAAAGGAGGCAGUGGUUCACCCCCUUGAAGUGGAGCCAGGUGAGUUCCUACCACAGACCAGAGAGCAGAGCCUGGUGCCUCCUCCCCUUGCUCCACAAACCUCCCCCCACUCUGGACGGGCCAGGAUCUCCCUUGCCAUCUCAGUUGGACCUGCCCCGGUUCUACCCUCAACCGUGACACGAUCGGCCCUGACGCCUCGCCCCCCCACUCUCGAGGAUGGCAUGAGGGGCCGAGAGGGAUGGAGGGAGCGCAGCGGAGGCAGAGAGAGAUGGGGGCUCACCAAGGAGAGGGUGAGAGGGAGGCUGUCACAGCAGAAGGAGCGGAAGGCGACACAGAUGCUCGCCAUUGUGCUCGGUGUGUUCAUUAUUUGCUGGCUGCCUUUCUUCCUGACACACGUGUUGAAGGCCCACUGCAGGAGCUGCUGUAUCUCGCCCACACUGUACAGCGCUGUCACCUGGCUUGGAUACCUCAACAGCGCCGUCAACCCUGUCAUCUACACUACUUUCAACAUCGAGUUUCGCAAAGCCUUCAUCAAGAUCCUGCACUGCUGAGAACCGGAGAGAUGAGAAGUGUCAAAAAAAAAAAAGCCUGAUGUUUGGUUUUUGCAAGGUGAGAGGGAUGGAAAGAGGAAAGAUAAAGGAAACCGAGGCUUCUUCUGAUACACAGGAACAGACAUCGUAGAUUGGCCAACUGAUGAGUUAAGUGAUACAAACUUCCUGGGGAAAUUAAACGUGAGACAAAUGUAACCAGCAGCUCAGACUAAGACUGAAGAAAGGUAGAAAACAUGGCACGCAGUGGGCAUGAAAGAAGAAACACAAAAAGGCUGGAGAUGGGACAUGCACUGUGUUGUGUACAUACAGUCUGUUGGAUAGACUCUCUGAAUGACCGUUUUACCAAUGUUUGAUUUGUGUCAGACGUUCUCUUGUAUUUUCUUCUAAGCUUGAGAAACAGCAUCUUGUUAUAUGUGUUCAUCUUUCUCAGAGGACUGCGAGAAGUCAAGGCUAAGAAAAAGAAGGAAAAAAAAGUAUAUAAGAGUUUUACGAGUCCAUCACAAAACCUUUGUCAUUUUACUUUUGUGUCCAAGGCUCAAUCGUUGUUCACAGUUUUCAAGAACUCACUGUUACAUCAUGGCAGAAUUAUUGAUUUGGUGAUUGGGGAGCUUACAUCUAAUAUUUGUAAAUGUUUGCCAGUGUGCAUGUAAAUGCAUUUUAGUGUUGUAAAUAAUCAUUUUACUGGUUUAGAAGGGGGAUCACAAGUAUU